UCGCCCCCGGAAGUGCCUGGUUCGUGUUUCACAGCUGUGGUCACGUGACCUGCAGGAGGAUACUGGACGAGGAUCCUGGACGAGUCAUGGAUAAAGUCCGGAGGAUCCUGGUCUACGUGUCCCGGGACCGAGCGGCUCCGCAGCCGGCCCACUUCGUCCAGAGCGUAACGGGCCUCUUCGCCGACGGCGGCGAGGACGAGGUGGAGGUGAGCUGCUGCCUGGACCAGAACCGCUUCCUGCUGUCCGGAGGCCCAGGGCCCCCCGGAGGACCGGCGGGCCCCCGGGUCCCUCUCAAGAGAGCCGCCUCCUGUCCCAUCCAGCAUCUGUCCCCCGAGGACGCGGCGGCCGUCCCCCCGGAGACCCGGGCCCGGGGCGUGGACGUGGGCGUGGCCGUGCUGCUGCAGACGGCCGGCCAGAGGCUGCUGCUGACCCGCCGGGCCCGGGACCUGCGGAUCUUCCCCGGGGUCUGGGUCCCCCCGGGGGGACACGUGGAGCCCGGGGAGACGCUGCUGCAGGCGGGGCUCCGGGAGGUGGAGGAGGAGACCGGACUCAGACUGGAACCACAGGAAGCUGCUCCGACCAUCCUGGGACUCUGGGAGUCGGUGUUUCCAGCCUUCCGGUCCAGAGGUCUCCCCCACAGACACCACGUGGUGGUCUACGUGCUGCUGCGGUCGCCGCUCACCCACCUGCAGCUGCAGGCCUCCCUAAGCCCCUCCCCCGCCGAGGUCGGCGCGUGUCUCUGGAUGGACGUCCGGCUGGCCAGAGCCGUGGUGUCGGCCGCCGACGGGGGGGACGACCCGGGGGACGUGCCGGACACCGUCAGCAUGUCCCUGGUCUCCCCCGACGGCUCCCUGAGCAACUCCUCUCUUUCUGGAUCCGUCUUCACCAGUCCGGCUCCGACCAGCGGUCCGGACGUGGAGCGGGUCAGCACCGGUACCAUCUACGCCCUGGAGAAGUGGCUGCAGAGCCUCCACCCAAACGCUGGUCCCACCGAGGGCUGA